AUGGCCAGCGAUGAUGACGAUGCUCCUCGUCGGGAUGAGGACGAGGUGUGCCCAAUCUGCAAAUCCUCGAGAUAUCUCAACCCAGACAUGCGUUUCCUCAUCAACCCGGAGUGCUAUCAUCGCAUGUGCGAAUCGUGUGUUGAUCGCAUCUUCUCGUCUGGUCCGAACGCGUGUCCAGUGAUCGGCUGCAAGAAGACAUUACGAAAAGCGCGCUUUCGAACACAGACGUUUGAGGAUAUCGGCGUUGAACGGGAGGUUGAUAUUCGCAAGCGAGUGAUGGGAAUUCUGAACCGCCGCGAAGACGAAUUCGACAGCAAACUCGACUGGGACAACUUCCUCGAACAACGCGAGACUAUGAUCAUGAACCUCGUCACGGGGGUAGACGUCGCCAAAACCGAAGCCAACCUCCGAAAAUACGAAACCUCCCACCUAGACUCUAUCCGCGCCAACAAAACCCGCGAAACCCAAGAAGCCUCAUCCUUCCUGGAGCAACAAUCCUUUGAACAAGAACAGUCGCGGCUCCGCCGCCAAGCCGCGCGCGAAGAGUACGAAAGAGAACAAAACGACCUCGUCACCGGCCGCGAAAACAUUCUCUCUCGUCUUGCCGCGGGCGGUCCCGGCGACGCAGCCUCGAUCGCGCGCGAGGGCCAGAAAGUGCUUCUCAAAAAAUCCUCGGCACGGCGCAGCGAAGAAGAGCGACUUCGACAAAAGCAAGCUGCUUUGCGCGGCGAGAAGAAAAAGGGCAAGGGAUCGGCACUCGCCAGCGGCGCUGCUUUCCGUGGCGAUUCGGACAUCGAGCCGAGUCUCAUCAAGGGCCUCAAAAAGGUGUCUAUCCCCGAACCAGAGAAACCCUACGAUCCCUUUGGUGGGCUCGGGGAACUCGACAAGAAAGAUUAUUAUGUCCUGCAGGACCGGUAUCCGUCACAGUGGCUUGAAGAGGCGCGUACCAGCACUACCAAGGCUGCGGGGGGAUUCGAUAUCAAGGAAUACUAUUCACGCACGUUGUUCGAGGCCUUUGCUGGGCUGGGCUGUUUUAUCGAAGAGGAAGUCUCCAAGCGGGACGCUGUGUCUCAGCCGUUUGGCUUUGUGAAUCGAGGAUCUGCUGCGGUGAAACGGUCUGAUGAUGUUUUCUAA